AUGCUGACGAGAAGCUGCUGGAUUUCCGGGUUAUUGUUGACUUUGGCUGUCCUAGGCUCGGCCACAGCCAUCAGUGACCUAAGAUUCGAUGAAGAUCCAAACCUACGAACGCCACGCAUUCGCCCAUUGCGUAUCGAGGGUUCUAAAACUUGGGGCGAUGGCUUUGUGCGGAUGCCCGUGCAUCGGCACAGGUUCAAUGACACCAAGCCGAGGCGACGGCCGGAUAGGAUGAGAAAGCCUGAACAUACUGGUAACGCCAGGCGCGACUGGGGAUGGAGCCAUCUGGAUGACUACCAGGGCCUGACCUAUAUGAUCGAGAUAUACAUCGGCACGCCGCCUCAGAAGGUCAUGGUCUCGAUAGACACGGGAUCGUACGAGCUGUGGGUCACCCCGAAGUGCAUCAACUCAGCGGACCCGACACUUUGCCGCAAAUACGGCCUCUACUAUCCUCAGCAGUCCAGUUCUGCGUCUUACCUCGGAAGCCACUUUCAGAUUCAAUAUGGGACCGGUUCGGCGGUCGGGAAGUACUACUCUGACACGAUGAAGAUUGCGAUGUUCCAGGUUCCUGGUGUGCAGUUUGCCGUUGCCGAUGAUACGAACUACACGUAUUCUGGGGUGUUGGGACUCGGCUAUGCAUACGGCUUCACGACGACGUAUCCGACACUUUUGGAUAUGAUGUGGGCAUUGAGGUUGAUUGGUGCCCCGGUCUUCAGCAUGGGUCUUGGCGGAGAGGGAGAUGGAUUCAGUGAAAUCAUAUUCGGAGGAGUCAACAGGUGGAAGUUCACAGGCGGUCUCGAGCCGGUGUCAAUUUGGCCUCCAAUUGACAAGCAGGAUCCUGGUUGGAUCCAGUACUGGGUCAACGUCACGUCCUUCGGCAUGACGAAACCCGGGAGGCCCAAGUCUAUUUACACCGACGAACAGUUCACUAUGUCCACACUCAUCGACUCUGGGUCAACUUUAUCGUACAUACGCGAGGAUAUCGUGUCCGUCAUCGGCCAGCAGCUCAAUGCUAGGGUCGACCCCAAUGGCCACUACUGGGUCGACUGUGCUUUGCGGAAGCAGAACGGGACGGUCGACUUUGGUUUCAACAACGAGCGUAUGAUCGUCAGUGUGCCUUUCAAAGACUUCAUUUGGGAGCAGUACCCUGGUCACUGUCUCAUGGGAGUCCAGCCGGCUGAUGCGGGUACUACGAACUAUGUAUUGGGCGAUACUUUUAUCAGAGGAGCAUACUUGGUAUUCGAUCAGCAAUCUGAUGUUGUUUGGAUAGCGAACUAUUACAACUGCGGAGAUGGUGUUGUCACGGUUGGAAAUUCUUCGGCUGAUACACAAUUUGUCAGAGGGGCUUGCUGA